AUGCUGGUCUCUCCUCAAGAGCAAAGGCUCUGUCGAGCCCUCCGCGAGUUUCCAGCCCGUUUUGACUUCCGCUAUACCGAUGAAGCUAGCCAUGAGCUUAUCAGACUGCUUUUCCAGUCACUCGCCCUUGACCGCGACGAAUACCUUCGCCUCUUCUUCCCGCAAGGACCCCCUCCGAAAUCAGAAGAGCCAUGGAGUCUGAGGAAGGCACAGGGAGCCGUAGAGGGUGCAGAAUACACUGAAGCCGCACGAGGACAACCAUGCGGACAUAUAUUCAAGAGUGGCGAGGCUACGUACCGAUGCAAGACAUGCACUGUUGACGAUACGUGCGUACUAUGCGCGCGUUGCUUUGACGCCUCGGACCACGAAGGCCACAUCGUGUAUGUCAGCGUAUCGCCCGGGAACUCAGGAUGCUGCGAUUGCGGCGACGAAGAGGCUUGGAUCCGGCCUGUCCACUGCAAUAUUCACUCUGUCUCGUUCGAGGCACAAUCUAAGGCUGCGGGGAAGGCAAAGGAAGGCUCCACUCUUCCGGAAGAGCUACUAGAAAACAUAAGAAUCACGAUAUCCAGGGCGCUGGACUACUUGAUGGAUGUCUUUUCAUGUUCGCCGGAGCAGCUAAGGCUGCCUAAGACGGAGCAGUCCAUCAUGGAGGACGAGCGGCAGUCACGCCUUACGCCAAAAUGGUAUGCCGGCGGGGACCGUACUCAUGCCAACGAGGAAUAUGCAUUGGUGCUUUGGAACGACGAGAAGCAUACCGUCUAUGAUAUCCGCGAUCAGAUCUCUCGCGCUUGCAAGCAGCGGAAGAAUUUCGGGCUUGCCAAGGCAUACGAGGUUAGUGAUGUCGGUCGGAGUGUUAUCGUGUAUAGCACGGACCUCCAGGAGCUUCUACGAAUGGCCAAGAUCAUUGAGGAGAUCAAGCUCACUGUCACUAUCCGAUCGGCUAGGGACACCUUCCGAGAGCAGAUGUGUGGCACGAUCAUAGAGUGGAUCUCCGAUAUUGCUGGAUGUAGUGUUGGGAGUGAUCACCAAGUCCUCCGUAGUACCCUGUGUGAGGAAAUGCUAAAGCCAUGGCGGAUUGGAAGCGAGGCCCACCACCAGCACAUAGGGCGGGAUGGCAUCGACGAUCACGAAGUCGAGGAACGGGAUGAAGAAAUUACCUUCAUAAACCGUUACUUUGUUGCUCAGAGGCGAGCUGCUACUCGUGACCAACAGAGACAAGGAGAAGAUGACGAUUCGUCUGAUGACGAUACAUACGAAGAAUAUGAUGAGACAAGCGCUGGCGACGCCGCUGAGGAUAUGGAUCUCGAUGAUCUUUUGGCCAACGAUGGGGACGGUGACGUUGAUAUGGAUGCAUCCGACGGCCCCGACGAUGAGCUCGAAGUCUCUGAGGCAACCAUUGCAGGAUACCCUCCACCGCCGCCGCCACCUCCGCCGCCACCAACUCUACCUGCCCACACAAGAGCUCCGUUAGCGCCACGGCAAGAGCAAGACCGUACACCCGCAGACUCUGAUACGGACAUAGCCCCGCACCUUGCCGUUGCCCAGGCCGAGCCAUCGAUCGAGGUCCCCAAGACGCCGAGAGCGAGACCAAGAUCACUGCGGCCUCCAAGACCACCAAAGUACUGGUUAGAGAAGCCAGAAGGGUAUGGGAAGAAGAGUGAUACGCCUCCACACGAGGAUCUUUGGCAGCGUCUUCGACUAGACUUCAUGAUUCUGUACGAUUUGAGGAUGUGGAAGAAGAUUAGGAUCGACAUGCGCGAUGUCUUCAUCAGCACUGUUGUCACCAUUCCUCAUUUCAAGCGACUCCUAGGUCUACGCUUUGCUGGUGUGUAUACGACGCUGGCCCAGCUUUACUUGAUAGCAGAUCGCGAGCCGGACCACUCCAUUAUCAAUUUGUCACUUCAGAUGCUCACGACACCAUCCAUAACUGCGGAGGUCGUCGACCGAGGAAAUUUCCUCACGAACCUCAUGGCAAUACUCUAUACAUUCCUCACGACCCGCCAAGUAGGAUAUCCGUGGGACGUAAAUCCAAAAGCUACCUUGGCUUUUGAACAGGGCGCGGUGACAAAUCGACGCAUGUAUCACUUCUUCCUAGAUAUGAAGUACCUUAUUGGAUCGGAUCACGUCAAGGAGAGACUUUGCGAUGAGGAGCGCUACUUGAUGCAAUUCUUGGAUCUGGUAAAACUUCAUCAAGGCAUAUGCCCCAAUGUUCGAGCUGUAGGUGAGCAUCUCGAGUAUGAGACCGACGCUUGGAUAAGCGCAUCUCUUAUAACCAGAGAAAUCAACAAGCUAUGCAGACAGUUCUCCGAAGCUUUUACGUUGCGGAGAGACGAAGACGCUGCUAAUAUCUGUCGUGCCAUCCGGAGGACAGCAAAAGUAGCCAUCACCAACUCUAUUGGCGCGGAACGCAAACGGUUCGACCAGGCUGAAAUCAGAGCGGAAACUAGAUUCAGAAGUUUGGAGGCGUUCGAAUUUGAUUCAGAUCCAACAACCGCAUCCAGCCCGGUUGAUAGGAUCGUCGAUUUCGUUGUGGCUAAAGAGCCAAUGAGCUUCCACCAUGCUCUGCAUUACACUUUGUCUUGGCUCAUCGAUCGAGGCAAGAGCAUGUCUCGGGAUCAGCUCUGGGGAUUGUUGCUGUUCUCAGUCCAAGAAUUGAGAGAGCCACCCAUACCUCUUAAUGCAUUGAUUCCCGAACACCAACCGGACGAGUAUCUCCUCGCUCUGUUCGACUUUCCCCUCCGAGUCUGCGCUUGGCUGUCUCAAAUGCGAGGUGGCAUUUGGGUUAGAAAUGGCAUCACCCUCCGCCACCAAAUGUCUACUUACAGGAAUGUUGGACAGCGGGAUGUCUCUUACCAGAGAGACAUAUUCCUCUUGCAGACUGCUUUGGUCAUCUGUAACCCAGCGACUUUUCUUGCAUCUAUGGUUGACAGGUUUGGUUUGAUGCAUUGGGCGAAGGGCCACUACGCCAACACACCUGGCAUUGAAGACUCUCAGAUCAUCGAUGUUGUUGAGGACUUUGUUCACCUCUUAAUCAUUCUCUUGAGUGAUAGGCUGCCCCUUCUUCCUAUCGAGGAUGAACCAGAGCCUCACGUCAUUGCCAUGCGCCGCGACAUUGCGCACGUUCUCUGCUUCAAGCCUCUGUCCUUCUCAGAGCUUACUGCUCGCAUUUCCGAGAGGAUUCAAGAUAUGAACGAGUUCAAUACGGUGCUAUCCGACAUGACCAAAUUCAAGCCUCCCGAGGGCCUUUCCGACUCCGGAACAUUUGAGCUGAAGGAAGAGUUCAUUACGCUGAUUGACCCAUACAUCACUCAGUACAAUCGUAAUCAGCGGGAAGAAGCAGAAACGAUAUACAAAAACUACAUGGCCAAGAAGACCGGCAAACAGGCCGAGGAUAUUGUCUUCGAGCCUAAAUUGAGGGACAUACCAUCAGGCGUAUUCACGGAUCUUGCAGCAUUCACCAAGACGCCUCUAUUUGCUCAGAUCAUCUACUACCUACUCGGUUAUGGCCUCCAGGCCGAAGCUACAACGCCUACGGUCCCGCUUACAAGAGUUGAAGGGUACCUACAAUUCGUCCUCCAAUUAGUAUUGGUGGCAAUCUUAGAAGACAAAGUGCACGAAGAUGAGAUGUCCGAUACCGCUCCAGGAUCCUUCGUCGCUAAUGUUCUAACAAAGCACGCAAAUGUUGGAAUUGCUGGCCAUUCAACAAUUUUGUCUGUCUUGAAUGCAUUGACAGGUAUCGAAGCGUUCACGGCCUGCGAGCCGAAGAUCAAGCUCAUCAUUCACCGUCUCAAGCAACAUCAACGUACAGUGUUCCAAUCCGCGUCGACUGCACUUAACAUCCCUAUAGACCGGAUGGAUACCGCAUCGCCUGCCUCUUUUGUUGAUGCUGUGGUCGAAAAGGAUCUGAAAAAGAAACAAGCGCAGGAGAGGAAGGACAAAGUCAUGGCUGCUUUCAAAGCGCAGCAAGGGGAAUUCUUAGCCAACCAGUCUAUUGAUUGGGGUGCGGAUGAUUCAGAUGAUUUAGACGAUGACUUUGCGCCUGUCUCGGAGAAGACCGUCGUCAAAUUUCCUGGCGGAAAUUGCAUUCUCUGUCAGGAAGAGACAAACGAGCAUCGGCUGUACGGCACGUUUGCUUACAUUGCUGAAAGCACAAUUCUCCGACAAACAGACACUAAGGAUGAAGACUGGGUCACGGAGGUGUCAAGUACUCCCACAAAUCUCGAUCGUUCUGCUGACUCGAUUCGACCUUUCGGUGUUGCCGGUCAAAACCGACGGGUGGUAGAGAAGGUGACCUCAGAAGGGAACGUGAUAAUUACAGAACGACAAGAGCUAGGGAAGGGGUUUCCUCAUGCUUAUACUAGACGCGGCCCAGUCACAACCGGCUGCGGCCAUAUCAUGCACUUCAACUGUUUUGAUGCAUACACUGACGCUACAAAGCGGCGACAUGUCAAUCAGAUUGCUCGCAACCAUCCCGAGAGACCAGAUGUCAAAGAGUUCCUGUGCCCUCUGUGUAAGGCUCUGGGCAACGUAUUCUUGCCUAUCAUCUGGAAGGGCAAGACCGUCGAAUAUCCCGGAAUUCUCGAACCGGAGAUACCGUUCAGCGACUGGAUCGGGUCCAGUCUUGCGGUCCAGAUUUCGAAGUUGGAUAAAACUCCUGAGAAAUCUCGCAUCGAGCGACAGCAGAGCCUUUUCAUGGACUAUGGCAAUGAAGAAAUGAUACCACAGCUGGCGUCUCGCCUCCCUGAGUUGAUGAAGGCAAGCUUCAUAUCGACCCCGCCUGUGCCUCAGCCCGCACACCACCACCGAUUCCAAGUCCCGGCCUUUCUGCCUCUUCCUACGCAAGAAGACCAUAGGGACCCUAUCGUGAUUCCCUCCGAAGGUCACCCGGAUCCCGCCCAGAGUCUGCCUCUGAUCGAGCUGAAUAAGAUUUAUCAGCGGUUGAAGGACUCAAUGCGUGCGAAUGGUCUUCAGACCCGAUUUGCAUAUCCUCAUACUUCAGCAAAUGCGCUGGACGACCUGACCUAUACUGAUACGUUGGCUAGAGCGCUCGGGUACUCAAUUUCUGCCGUUGAGAUUGCCCAGAGAGGAGUGGAGUCCCCUAAUCCCAGAACUACGCUUUUGGACAAAAUCCCGCCACAGUCAAUAGCACAUUUGAGAAUUUUCUCGGAGACCGUAUCGUCGUACUUUGCAGUUGGCGGUCUUCGAAAUUCAGGCGCAUCCAAGACGUGCCAGGAAUUCAUGGACAGCCGAGACAGACAACUGCAUCAGCUCUUCGUGGGGCAUCCAAAAGUCUUUCCACAAAAUGCGCUUCCUUACGAGGCGAAGGGAAUAUCUGCUCUUUUGUACCAGGAUCCAUUCGUGUUCCUCUCGGAGUGUGCAGUCUGUUGUGUGCCAUCACACAACUUGGACAUAUUCCAUAUGCUUCGGCUUUGCUAUCUUGCCGAACUUGUCCGUGUCGUCAUUGCCUACGCGGCUGACGACUCAAGUAAUCCGUUUGGAAGUCCGGAGGAGGCGCCUUUAACUGAUAUACCCUCAGUACACGGCCACUGGCAGCGCCCAGGCCCUUUCAUAAAUCCCGAGAAAAGCAGCGCUUCUCGACAAGAAAUUGAAGAGUUGUCUUCGUUUGUUGGCCACAUUGUCAACACUGCCCGGACACAUGACUAUCCUUCCACUGCUUUCUCAGGAAACGAUGCCGAUGCCAUAGCCGCUAAGACCCUGGGGGACGAGAAGUUCUUCCACUUCAUGCAUACGAUGAUGGAGUCUUACGCCCUACCUUUCCUCCGAAAAGCUGCGAUCCUUUUGAACGUUCGCUUUGGUGUUGAAUUUCCCCCUACACCUAAUGCUGUCUCUGAAGAGCGUGAGAUUGUUCGGCUCACGUCCGUUCUCAAACUCCCUUCUCUGCACGAAAUGUUCCGCGACUUUUCAGCUGAUAACCCUGGUGGCGAAGCCACCCGAGCAACUGUGAGCGGCUGGUUGCGGCACUGGUGCUGGUCACGGGAGGGCAAGCGCCCCGCUAGACCGACUAUAUCGCUCGCACAUCCAACCAUCUUUGAGCUUGUGGGGUUACCUCGAAACUACGAUACUUUGACCGACGAAGCCGUCCGGCGGAAGUGUCCCACUACUGGAAAGGAAUUGACAGAUCCUUGUGUGUGCUUGUUCUGCGGCGAGAUCUUCUGCAGCCAGGGCGUUUGCUGCAUGAAGGAUCGGAACAAAGGGGGCUGCUUCCAGCACCAGACAAAGUGCGGCGGCAACAUCGGCCUUUUUAUCAAUAUCCGCAAGUGCAUGGUGCUCUUCAUGAAUAUGUCGAACGGCACGUGGGCCGUGGCGCCAUAUCUAGACAAGCAUGGCGAGGUAGAUCCGACGUUGAGGCGGCACCACCAGCUGUUCUUGAACCAGAAGAGAUACGACCAUCUUCUGAGGCAGGUCUGGCUCCAUCACGGCGUCCCGAGCAUGAUAGCGAGGAGAUUGGAGGGGGAUGUGAACAAUGGAGGGUGGGAGACUCUGUGAGUGUGGUGUUUAGGCGUUCUAGUAAGACGAAGGGAAAUGCUUUGGGCACUCUCGGACGGCGUUUGGACGUAGAAACUUGAGAGGUGCAUCGGAGACCCAUCCAUUAGGUCUAGAUUAGGGGAACGGUAUGGCUUGGCCAUUGGUAGUGUCUGGUCAUGUUAUUGGGAGCCGGCAAAGUGUGCAGCGGCUGUAUAUGGUUAUGGGAGGCUCC